UGCCUGACCUCACAAAUGCACUUUUGGAAGAAUGCUAGGUUCACAUCUGUGCGGGUGGUGCCGCUGUAGAUCCGCGCGAAAAUCCGUGCAGCCACACCACCCGCACAGAGGAAUGAGGACCCACGGGUGGGUGCCAUUAGUUCUAAUGGCACGCAGCCCGCACUGGGAAACGCAACCGUACUGGGAACCGAGGUUCCCGUGCGGGCUGCAUUUUCAGGAGAAGUGCAGGGACUUCUUCCCUACGUGUCACAGGACACGGGAGUCCAUUCAAAUGAAUGGCCUCUCGUGCCAA